AUGAAGAAGAGUGCCAAUGCUGAAUAUGACUUCUUGGAUUUCUGGGAAGCCAACCAAAAGUUCUUUGCUAUGAAGCAAGGAACAACCAAAAACUUGAUUCAUUUCAAGGAACAAUUCUUGAGACAAGCUGAAGUCCUGCAAGAUCUAUAUGGCGUUGCCUGGUUCCAAAAGUUUGCAGUCAAGACAAAAGAGUAUGCUGCUAUUGCUAGCACUGAUACUGCUGCUCAAGACAAGUUCAAGGAUGCUAUCUUUGAAGCCGAAAAGACCAACCUAAUAAAGGUAAAGGUAAAGGUAAAGGUAAAGGUAAAGGUAAAGGUAAAGGCAAAGGCAAAGGUAAAGGCAAAGGCAAAGGCAAAGGCAAAGGCAAAGGCAAAGGCAAAGGCAAAGGCAACAAAGGCAACAAAGGCAACAAAGGCAACAAAGGCAACAAAGGCAACAAAGGCAACAAAGGCAACAAAGGCAACAAAGGCAACAAAAGCAACAAAGGCAACAAAGGCAACAAAGGCAACAAAGGCAAAGGCAACAAAGGCAGCAAAGGCAGCAAAGGCAGCAAAGGCAGCAAAGGCAGCAAAGGCAGCAAAGGCAAAGGCAAAGGCAAACCAAAGGCAAACCAAAGGCAAACCAAAGGCAAACCAAAGGCAAACCAAAGGCAAACCAAAGGAUGGAAAGAAGAAGGCAGCAUAUACAGUUCAAGCUAUAGUUCCUGGAGCUUCUGCAUCCACAAGUGGAGCCUUGACUGUUGUGGGAAGCGUUACUAUCACACCUUUGCGACUUGCUGGUACUACAGGUAAUCAGAUGAUGCAAGUUCCUGCAGGAAUGCAGCUCAUGCAGAUUCCAACUCAAGGUGGUGGCACUGUGACUGUCCCUUACUCUAUGAAUGCCAAUGGUGAGAUUGCGUUCAGUGGAAUGCAACUUGGCCAUCAAGGAUUCAGUGGUGCUCAAGUGCGCCAAGGAUUUGAUGGAACUCAAGCUCGAACUCCGCAGGUUGUGAAGACUGGCUAA